CUGCAGGCUUUGGGAAGGGCUAGCCUGCUUGGUGUCCUAGGACCAGCAAAGGAGCCCCGCGACCCCCAACUCAGGCACGGAGCCGCCAGAGUCAACGCGACCCCCAACUCAGCCACGGAACUCGCUGUCAUUUCAGAUUCGUUGAGCGCUGAGCUCUUGCCAUUCCUAGGCAUGCAAUCCCGGAAAGCCAGGCACACAGUUACUCGGCGGCCGUUAUGACCUCCCGGUUACGUGCGUUGGGUGGAAGAAUUAAUAAUACACGAACCUCCGAAUUGCCCAAAGAGAAAACUCGAUCUGAGGUCAUCUGCAGCAUACGCUUUUUAGAUGGCUUGGUACAGACCUUUAAAGUUAAUAAACAAGAUUUGGGCCAGUCCCUUCUGGAUAUGGCCUAUGGCCACCUGGGCGUGACGGAGAAGGAAUACUUUGGCUUGCAACAUGGCGAUGACCCAGUGGACUCUCCUAGAUGGCUUGAGGCAAGCAAACCCCUCAGGAAGCAGCUGAAAGGAGGUUUCCCCUGUACCCUGCAUUUUCGAGUAAGAUAUUUUAUACCUGAUCCCAACACACUGCAGCAGGAACAAACCAGGCAUUUGUAUUUCUUACAACUGAAGAUGGAUGUUUGUGAAGGAAGGCUAACCUGCCCUCUCAACUCAGCAGUGGUUCUAGCAUCCUAUGCAGUACAAUCUCAUUUUGGAGACUUUAAUUCUUCCAUACAUCAUCCAGGCUAUCUUGCCGACAGCCAGUUCAUACCAGAUCAAAAUGAUGACUUUCUAAGCAAGGUGGAAUCACUCCAUGAACAGCAUAGUGGGCUAAAGCAGUCAGAAGCCGAAUCUUGCUACAUCAACAUAGCUCGAACCCUUGACUUUUACGGAGUGGAGCUUCAUGGAGGCAGAGAUCUGCACAAUUUAGAUCUAAUGAUCGGAAUUGCGUCUGCAGGCAUUGCAGUCUACCGAAAAUACAUUUGCACAAGCUUCUACCCUUGGGUGAACAUACUCAAAAUUUCUUUCAAAAGGAAAAAGUUCUUCAUACACCAGCGGCAAAAACAGGCUGAAUCCAGGGAACAUAUCGUGGCCUUCAACAUGCUGAAUUACCGAUCUUGCAAAAACUUGUGGAAAUCCUGCGUUGAGCACCAUUCAUUCUUUCAGGCAAAAAAGUUACUACCUCAGGAAAAGAAUGUUCUGUCUCAGUACUGGACUCUAGGCUCCAGGAACCCCAAAAAGUCUGUAAAUAACCAAUAUUGCAAAAAGGUGAUUGGAGGGAUGGUAUGGAACCCCGUCAUGAGGAGGUCCUUAUCCGUGGAACGGCUAGAAACCAAGAGCCUGCCUUCCCGCUCCCCUCCCAUCACCCCCAACUGGCGAAGUCCUCGGCUACGGCAUGAAAUCCGCAAACCCCGCCAUUCCUCCGCUGACAAUCUGGCCAAUGAGAUGACUUACAUCACAGAAACCGAGGAUGUGUUCUAUACCUACAAGGGAUCCCUGUCCCCCAAAGACAGCGACUCUGAAGUUUCCCAGAACCACAGCCCACACAGGGAGAGUUUGUCUGAAAACAACCCAGCCCAAAGCUGCCUGACCCAGAAGUCAUCCAGUUCUGUGUCUCCAUCUUCAAAUGCUCCAGGCUCCUGCUCCCCAGAUGGAGUUGACCAGCAGUUCUUAGAAGACUACCACAAGGUGACCAAAGGGGGCUCCAUCGAGGAUGCCAGCCAGUACUACUGUGAUAAGAAUGAUGAUGGUGAUGGCUACCUAGUCCUGAUCCGGAUUACACCAGAUGAAGACGGAAGAUUUGGAUUUAAUCUUAAGGGAGGAGUGGAUCAAAAGAUGCCGCUUGUGGUCUCGAGGAUCAACCCUGAGUCACCUGCAGACACCUGCAUGCCUAAGCUAAAUGAAGGGGAUCAGAUCGUGUUGAUCAAUGGCCGGGACAUCUCGGAGCACACUCACGACCAGGUGGUGAUGUUCAUCAAAGCAAGCCGGGAGUCCCACUCGAGAGAACUGGCCCUGGUGAUCAGGAGGAAAGCUGUGCGCUCACUGGCAGAGAUCAGACCGGAAGAUGAGCUGAGUCAACUUUUCCCAGAAGCCAUGUUUCCUGCAUGUCCUGAGGGUGGGGACAGUCUGGAGGGAUCCAUGGAGCUGCUAAAGAAAGGUCUGGAAAGCGGUACAGUGUUGAUCCAGUUUGAGCAACUCUACAGAAAGAAGCCCGGCUUAGCCGUCACAUUUGCAAAGCUGCCUCAGAAUUUGGAUAAAAACCGAUACAAAGAUGUGCUGCCUUAUGACACCACCCGGGUAUUAUUGCAGGGAAAUGAAGAUUAUAUUAAUGCCAGUUAUGUGAACAUGGAGAUUCCCGCUGCUGACCUUGUGAACAAGUACAUUGCUACUCAGGGACCGCUGCCACACACCUGUGCACAGUUUUGGCAAGUUGUCUGGGAUCAGAAGUUGUCUCUUGUUGUCAUGCUGACGACUCUCACAGAGCGAGGGCGGACCAAAUGUCACCAGUACUGGCCAGAUCCCCCUGACAUCAUGGACCAUGGCAUCUUUCACAUCCAGUGUCAGGCAGAGGACUGUACCAUUGCUUACGUGUCCCGAGAAAUGCUAGUUACAAACACUGAGACCGGGGAAGAACACACAGUGACCCAUCUCCAGUAUGUUGCGUGGCCUGACCACGGCGUGCCUGAUGACUCCUCAGACUUCCUGGAGUUUGUGAAUGCUGGGAUAGGUCGAACAGGUGUGUUAGUCACUAUGGAAACAGCCAUGUGCUUAAUUGAAAGGAACCUGCCUGUUUAUCCACUGGAUAUUGUCCGGAAAAUGAGAGACCAGCGCGCCAUGAUGGUGCAGACAUCAAGCCAAUACAAGUUUGUGUGUGAAGCAAUUCUUCGAGUGUAUGAAGAAGGCUUAGUCCAGAGGCUGGAUCCCAGUUAGGACAACUGUGAAGUGGUCAUUCCUCCUUCCCUAGGGCAACUUCCUGAAGAAGGGGACACACAUUCCCCUGGAGGCCCCCAGAGAUGCUGGUCACUGUGGGAAAGGGAUGAGCUUAUCUGAACCCAGGCACUUUAACUUUCUGUGGAAAAGAUACCCUGUACAUAAGAACUGAUGCUGUAGAUAUGCAUGCGGCUAUGACUCCUUUGGGCCCAGAGAUAAGCAACAGGGGAUCUCCAGUUGGGAACUGUGUUUCUCCCUCCAUAUCACCGUCCCCUGUCAUCCAUCCUUGAGCAGUGAGAGGGGGGAUGCCAGCAGUGCUGUAGACGCCCUCCCGCCAGAAGCCAGACUAUGGCUACAUGUGGUUGCUCAGGUGUCUUGUGUGUUGCUCUGUGUGGGACUCCAAGGGCUGAACUUCCUUGGCAAUUGGUGUCCAUCACCCCUGACACCAGGGAAAACUCAGAUGAAUGUACCACAGGCAGGGCACAAGGGCCUUCAGGCUGGAGGAUGAACAGGAUCUAUUCUACCCUCCCUCCCUCCCUCCGCCUCAUCUCCACCCCUUCUUCGAUCCAAAGCACCCUAUUUCCCCACCCCAAAUUCCCUUCAGGAUCACGACCAGUGCCUGAACCAGUUUCAUGAUGUAUGUUCAGGUGACUUCUCAGCUGAGACUGGGAACUAGACUCUGCAUAGUGCUGAGUCUCAGCUUUGGAAGCAGGCGAGCCUCUGCUCACCCCUUACUGUAUACUCGGACGCCAUGACUGGAUUCGCCGACUACUGAAUCGCUGGAUUGCUGCUACUUCAAGCUCUCACACUUGAAACAAGACGAUUUUCUUGGGGGUGGGGGGAUGAUAGCAUCCAAAUAUUCAGAAUUUUGGGCCCUUCUGAGAAAUGACCUUCUAGUAAGUGACCAUGAGAAACUCUGCUUCUCAAUCAAGGGUAGUGUAUGUGUGUGCGUGGAUGUGUGUCUGUCUGUCUGUCUGUCUCUGUGCGUAUGUGUGUGUCUGGGUGGGUGACUUUCUCAGGAUUCCUAACUUGAUUCAAAUUACUGUUGAGUUUAUGUAAAGAAUUCAUCUCUGUACAGAAGAACAAAUGUGUUCAUUCACCCUAGGUUACAAUGGUCUCCAUUUCAUUUCAGAGGAGAGAAUCAGACUAUCUGAAUAUAAACACAAUUUGAUGUUAAUUUAUUCUAAGUACUCUGGGAUUUUGAUUGUCCUAAAGAAUUCUGCUCUGUGAAUACCAUGUCAAUUUUUUUUUUAAUUUGUGGCAGGAUUGUAGCGAAUUAUUAUUUAAAGAAAAUAAAUUACAUGAAUGCUUUAAGGUGGUAUUUUUAAAUAGCUGUUUUUAUGUAUUGAAAAGAAAGUCAGGUUUCUUAAUGAUAUUAUGGGAAAAGGAUACUUUAAUGUUAUCAUGUUUCUAGACAAAGCUACAUUGAUACUUAGCAGAUACUGGACCAAUUAAAGCAUUUCCUGGUUGCAAGAUGGGUAAGGAUCUGUACAGAGGAUCCUAGGUUUUUGAAGGUCCUUUAUCUUCAGGCUCAGUUUAUCUGUCUACUUCCCUCCUGCCUGUCUUUUACCCACAUACAUCUUAGUAGUGCUCAAUUACAUGAGUGGAAAGUGCACUGCCCAGUGCCCUGUAUACUGAGAAACUGGAAUUUGGUUCUCUAUACUGCUCAACAUCAACUAGCCCUCAGCCUAGGAACCUGGGAUCUGUGCCUCUCUUUCCAUCUGUGUAAAAUAAAGAUAAACAACACAUGGAACUUGAGAACAGAAUUAGAUCACACUAUGGAAACUAAUUUCCAGACUCUGGAAUAUAUGAACCAAUGCCACUGAAGACCUAAGAAGGUUGACUUCUUUGGUUGGCCCCAAGCACAUCAGACAAGCGGAACCCACCAGGUUUUCAUAGAACAGUGCUGUAGAGGGGGAAAGCACAGAAGACAGAGAACUGAUACCCUUAUUCAACCUGGAUUCUGAGAAUGCCCUCAGUAAAGCAUCAAAAGGAGGAGGGGUAGAGAGUGCUGGGUACAUUUCAGUGGUACCAGGCUGUUUAACAAACCAUCGUUGUUUGAUGGAAAUGUUUAUCACCGCCCUGUGUGCAGAGCACUUGCAGAGUCUAAAUGUCCUUGGAGAUUGUUUUAUUAUUUUUCUGGAAACAAGCUGUUGAGUGUGGUCAUGAAAAUGCUACUGUUACACUUACAUAAUAUUCUGUGAAGCUUGAAAAAGCUGCAUCUGGCCUCUCUCUGCCAUUGUACAGGGCCGCCAGCCAUUCAGACACAGCAGUCACUGCCAUGGGAUCUUGGGGAGGACAAGACAAGAAAAUAACCCCAAAGAGUAGAGUGUCCAAGUGAGCUGGGUAAUAUUACCAAUUAAAAACCAAAGGUCCGAGCUCUUGUUUUCCUGUAUCCCACACUUCCACAGUUGCUUUUAAGAUGCUGUGUCUCAUCCUAAGAAUUGCAUCAGCAUCAGGCUAAAUGUUUUGCCUGGGGAAUUUGGCUGGUUGUGAAUGGAGAAGAUAUUUAUAUCCUACAUUCCAGCACCUUCCCAAAGAACAAAUUAGACACCCCAAUGUACUUCCUUCAUCUGGUGGGUUCCCUGCUGGUACCACUCUCUAGAACCCACACAUGGUGUGUUGAUUUUCCAGAGAGAAAAAUUAAGUGAAGUUCGUUGAGGGGUAGGGAGGCAGAGUGAAUGGAUCUCAAAACGUGUAGCAGUAUUUUUAGUUUCCUCCCAGGGUCCUAUGGGACUUAAAUAUGCUCUGAGGCUUGUAUAAGUUCUCUCACCACUGUUCAUGGUUGGCCCCCUCCCCCAACUCCUGCACACCUUUAUUCUUAAAAAUUAUCAUUUGAGGGGUAGUAAGUAGCUUCUUCAUCCUCCUAAGGCAACAAAGAGGUGGCAUCAGCAGGGAAAAAUUGGUGGGACUUAGACCAGACCUGGGCUUUGCCCUCCGUCCUCAGCCAGUUUCUGUUUGUUUAUGUUGAAAAGCACUGUGUGAACUAGGUGAGCUCACAGUUAUGUUUCAGGGAAACAGAACUUAACCAAAUCCGAAGAGUUGACACAGAGUAACACCCGAUUGUCUCAGCCCUUAUCACUGUGGAAUUACAGAGAUAAUCAACCUCCUGGUUUUUACACGCCAUCCUAGAGCAGACCUAGAAAAGAUGGCCAAGUCCCUUGUCACCUCAGCCUGAGCAAUCAAACCUCAAAGACUGAUGAUAGCUAUGUCGAUUUCUUGAUAGCUCUCGUACCACUAGAGCAACCAUAAGAUUGUGCUAAGCCAUAUUUUGUAAAGUCAUCUUUAGUCGAUCAGCAAUAUGUUUUCCUGUAAAUUUGGAAUGUUUCUCUUUCUGACUUGUUGUCAGGGACUCUACUGAAAAACAACUUGAUCAAUAUAAAAGCAUUCAAGCUAUGCAACACUA